CUCAGCUUUGAGAGUAAAUCUUAAAUAAAACAAACAAUUUGAGGUGAUGAUCCAAUGUAAAACUGCAUUGAAACGACAUUGGGGUUGCUGUCGAACACUUUGGCAAUCUGCAACUCAAUCAACUUUCGAUGUUUCCGAGGAUGCCAAAUUGGACAACUCAUGUAUUAUAGAAGACAGGAACAUUCUUAGUCCUAGUCUCAAGUCCCAGAAUAGCCUUCAUGUUCUCGAUCUUAUCGACAACGGUUCGCUCGAACCGGACCGAACCCUGUACAAUACGUUGCUAAAGAGAUGCACCCAGUUGGGUAAGCUUAAAGAAGGAAGAUUAGUGCAUUCCCACAUCCUUAAUUCCAAGCUCACUGAUGACCUCGUUAUUCAAAAUUCCGUUCUUUUCAUGUAUGCAAAGUGUGGCAGUUUGGAAGAUGCACGCAUGGUGUUCGAUGAAAUGCCAAUUAAAGACAUGGUUACGUGGACUUCAUUGAUUACUGGUUAUGCUCAGAAUGAACGUGCCAAGGAUGCACUUGUUUUAUUCCCUCAGAUGCUACGUGAUGGGUCCAAACCAAAUGAGUUCACUUUAUCAAGCUUGGUAAAGUCUUGUGGGUUUAUACCAAGCUAUAAUGAUGGGAAGCAAAUUCAUGCGUGUUCUUGGAAGUAUGGAUGUAACUCCAAUGUUUUUGUUGGAAGUUCGCUUGUGGAUAUGUAUGCUAGGUGUGGCUACUUGGGUGAAGCGCGAUUGGUUUUUGAUGAAUUGGUGAGUAAGAAUGAGGUUUCUUGGAAUGCUUUGAUAACUGGUUAUGCUAGAAAGGGUGAAGGAGAGGAAGCUUUGGCUUUGUUUGUGAAUAUGCAAAGGGAAGAUUAUAGACCAACAGACUUUACUUAUUCAGCUCUUUUAUGUUCUUCUUCCUGCAUGGGAUCUUUGGAGCAAGGUAAAUGGCUUCAUGCUCAUAUGAUAAAAUCAGGGAGGAAGUUGGUUGGUUAUGUGGGCAACACUCUUCUUCACAUGUAUGCAAAGUCAGGCAGCAUUCAUGAUGCAGAAAAGGUUUUCGAUCGAUUGGUGAAGCUUGAUGUAGUUUCUUGCAAUUCAAUGCUGAUAGGGUAUGCCCAACAUGGGCUUGGAAAAAAAGCUGUGCAACAGUUUGAAGAAAUGCUAAGGGUUGGGAUUGAACCCAAUGAUAUAACAUUCAUUAAUGUUCUUACUGCUUGUAGCCAUGCUGGACUUUUGGAAGAGGGUAAACACUAUUUUGGAUUGAUGAGAAAGUACAACAUUGAACCAAAAGUCUCACAUUAUGCGACAAUGGUUGAUCUUCUUGGUCGAGCUGGUCUUCUUGAUCAAGCUAAGAGGUUCAUAGAAGAAAUGCCAGUUGAACCCACUGUAGCUAUCUGGGGAGCUUUGCUUGGUGCUUCUAGGAUGCAUAAAAAUAUGAAAAUGGGUGCUUACGCUGCUCAACGGGUUUUUGAGCUUGACCCUUUUUAUUCAGGGACACAUAUACUGCUUGCCAAUAUUUAUGCCUCUGCUGGUAGGUGGAGGGAUGCUGCAAAAGUCAGAAAGAUAAUGAAAGAUAAUGGGUUGAAGAAGGAACCAGCUUGUAGUUGGGUUGAGAUUGAGAAUUAUGUCCAUGUGUUUGUGGCAAACGACAUUGCUCAUCCACAGAAAGAUAAGGUCCACAAAAUGUGGGAGAAGCUAAAUCAGAAAAUUAAGGAGAUUGGCUAUGUUCCUGACACUAGUCAUGUGCUUCUGUUUGUAGACCAACAAGAGAAGGAAGUGAAUUUACAGUAUCAUAGUGAGAAGCUGGCUCUUGCAUUUGCCCUUAUGAAUACUUCUCCUGGAUCCACUAUACGCAUUAUGAAGAAUAUUAGGGUUUGUGGUGAUUGCCACUCAGCUAUAAAAUAUGUCUCAUUGUUGGUGAAGAGGGAAAUCAUAGUGAGGGACACCAAUCGGUUCCAUCACUUUCGCGAUGGCUUUUGCUCCUGUGGGGAUUACUGGUAGUGCCAAUUAGUAUCAACUAAUCAUUGGGAGGUAUUAUGGGAUACUAGUUGUUCCUAAUAUUAUCACUGAAUCAUUCUAUGAUACUGGUAGUGAGGUAUUAUGCUUCGGGUUUGGUUGAUUUUCCGACACUAUCUUCUAAUUAUGUGAUCUGACAAUCUUUAUUUGUAUGAAGAUAAUGGCCUUCUA